AUGCCCGCCGCGACGUCCGAGCUCUUGUGGGCGGGGCGAGACGAGAAGCAGGCUGCCGCCGUCAGGUGUCCGGGUGCCUUUGACCGAUGGUCCAUGUUCCAGCAUAGGUGCGCGCACUCGGACUCGCACGGCAAUGAACGGUGUAUGCCCAUAUGGCGCACGUGCACCGGAAGCGUCCCUGUGUGCUUUUUGCCGGCGACGCCCGGCGUCCAUGCCAGUGUCCAUGUGCCACCACACCACCUUCCCUUCGUCUCGCCCUCUGCCACGGAUGAUGAUGCGGCGGCCGGCGUGCAGGGUCGAGACGCCAUGACAGGCGGUGAAAUGCACCUCCUCGUAGCGGCGAUCCGUACUAGUGGGAGGCAUUUGCGAACUCGGACACUCACCCGCACGGCGCGGCUGUGGCACCUCCCGGACGAGAGGACGGCGGAUCCGUCUCUGGCUGAUCAUGUCGAAGCUGCCGUCGGCGGCAUGGCAAGCAGCGGACGGCAUGCCAACGACUCGUCGUGGCAUGGCCAGGCUGCCGCCAACCAAGCGGCGCAACCACCACCGACAGGCUGCAGCGCUUCCGUCUGGGCCGAGCGAGCAGCCAAUCAGAGUCGCCGCGGCCGUGCCCUCGAUGCAGCCGCACCUGUCUGA